CCUGUACAAGGUACGCCUUUCUUGGCGAAAUCCUACGAUGCAACUAAAGUGGCAGUGGGCAGCGUAUCGCGUGGCACUGUCGGGCGAUCAGUGCAAUUUACAGUGGACGCUGGCGAUGCGGGCGAGGGUAAUUUGGAGAUUACGAUAUCGGCAAAGGGUCAAAAUAUACCGACGCAGGUGCAUCCACAAGGCAGUGCAAGAUUCUCCGUUUCGUUUGUGCCAACUGAAGCGUGUGAGCACACCAUCAAUGUCACCUUCAAUAAAAUGCCGGUGCCCGGCUGUCCGCUAACCGUGAACAUUAGUGGCGGCAUGUCUGGUCCGCAAGUGUCACUCGGUGGGCCCGGUCCGGUGCAUCAGCCGAAUUCUUUUGUUAUCAAUCACGCUGGCGGUCGCUUGGAAGACAUCGAGGUCAAUGUGGAAGGUAUGUAUGCGGUGAAGUUGUUGCACUCAGAAAGCUCCUCACCACUUUUUUGCAUUCCCUAUUUAUUUGUGUGCUUGUCCAAAUUUUUUCACAACAAAUCCAAUAUGAAAACUCACAGAAAUCACGACUUUUAUCAGCUAAGAAAAUCUCAGAUGGACUUGUCUGUCGAAUCACGAUAUCACAUACUCUCACGUGGCAUGCAGUAA